AUGGCGGACACAAAUAAAACUCCCGCAACACAGCCCAAUCAUGAGGACCAGUCAACAAAGCCCCAGAGCAAGACGCUGAGACAAGAGGUCGAGGGGACAAUCGCCGCGGCGGCGGAAAAGGAAGUACAAGAGAAACAGACGGGCUCACGGCUUUCAACUUCCUCGGAAGGCAGCGACAGCAGCUCGGGACACAGUGGGCAUGUCCUCCAGAGCACGAGAAGCGCCAGGUCGCGCUCCCUCUCAAGGACGAUAUCUGAAGUGAGAGAUGGCAUCGAGAACAGACGAGACCUGGAACUGGGCUCGCAACCAGAGUCGGAAAAGACGCCGACUUUCAAAACACCACGGGAUCCCAACUUGGUGGCAUGGGAUGGUCCAAACGACCCUGGAAACCCCAAAAAAUGGUCCAUGAGAAGAAAGUGGGCAGCAGUCUUCUGCGUGUCAUGCUUCACCCUCCUCUCACCAGUCUCCUCGUCCAUGGUCGCACCCGCCCUGGAGGCCAUCGGCAGUGAACUCAACAUCACCAGCUCCUUUGAGCAGGCUCUUGUCCUCUCCAUCUUCGUCCUCGCCUACGCCAUCGGCCCUUUGGCGUGGGGCCCCCUCUCGGAACUCUACGGGCGCAUCAUCGUCCUCCAGCUCACGAACUUCCUAUACAUGUGCUUCAAUCUCGGGUGCGGCCUUGCCCGCACAAAGAGCCAGAUCAUAGCGUUCCGUUUCUUCGCCGGCCUCGGUGGCUCCGCGCCUCUCGCCAUCGGUGGCGGUGUUCUUGCAGACCUUUUCGAAGCCGAGCAACGCGGCAGGGCUAUUUCGAUUUAUACGCUCAUGCCAAUGCUUGGACCAGCCAUCGGUCCAAUUGCUGGCGGCUUCAUCACGCAAAACACGACGUGGCGUUGGAUCUUCUACAGCACCACAAUCCUCACUGCCGUCAUUCAAUUCAUUGGCAUCUUCGUCCUCCAAGAGACCUACGCGCCCGUGCUACUCACCCGGAGGAAGAACCGCCUCAUCAAGGAGACGGGCAACGCGGCCUUACAUACCGAAUUCGAAAACCCCGAUCGUACCAUGGCCCGCACGCUCAGCAUCGCCUUCACCCGUCCAUUCCGCCUCCUCGGCACCCAGCCGUUGGUGCAGUUCUUGGCGCUGUAUAUGAUGUACCUCUACGGCCUGAUGUACCUCGUUCUCUCGACUUUUCCCGCACUCUGGACCGGCGAGUACGGCGAAUCUGUCGGUAUCGGCGGACUGAACUACAUCUCCUUGGGUCUUGGCUUCUUCAUCGGAGCGCAGGCAGCUGCGCCGAUGCAGGACCGCAUUUACGCUGCCCUGAAGCGUCGGUACGUCCCCGACGGCGGCCCCGGACGCCCCGAGUUCCGCGUGCCGAUGAUGAUCCCAGGCGCCCUGCUGGUCCCUGCGGGGUUGCUGAUCUACGGCUGGACGGCGCAGAACCACACGCACUGGAUCGCGCCCAACAUUGGCGCGGUCAUCUUCUGCUUUGGGGUGAUUGUCGGGUUCCAGUGCAUCCAGGGCUACCUGGUUGACACGUACAGCAGGUACGCCGCGAGCGCGGUGGCGGCGGCGACGGUACUGAGAAGCUUGGCGGGUUUCGGGUUCCCUCUGUUCGCGCCGAGCAUGUACGAGAAGCUGGGUUAUGGCUGGGGCAAUUCGGUGCUUGCGUUGAUAGGCGUGGCGAUUGGGUGGCCUGGGCCGUUGUUGCUGUGGAAGUUCGGGCCGAUAUUGAGGAAGAAGAGCCAGUAUGCUGCCGGUUGA